AUGGUUGGGCAAACGGCGCAAGAAGUUGACAAUGAAUGGGGGGAGGAAAACCAACCGGAAUCAACACAUGUAGAUGAGCUAGAAGGUCAACCGAGUGAAUUUGAGGCUAGGGAAGAGGAGGUAGAGGAGCAACACCCAAGAGGAGAUGAACAAACGACGGAAGACAAUUUGCCCGAGGAAACACACGAAGAUCAAACCGCAACAGAGGAAGGUGAUCAGGCGUCGGAGCAACUUCUACCACAUGAAGAGGAUACUGAUCAUGAUCAAGUAGUAGAAGAUAAUGAAAAGCAGUCUGUCGGGCUUGAUGAAGGUGAGACAGAUGAAGAUAUUAAUUAUUCAGAUAAUGGAAGUAUGGAAGUCGACGAUGGUAAUCAAGAAAAUAUUGAAAAAGAACAGGAUUCCCCCACGUCAACGUCUGCAGACAAAUCCGAAGGAGCUAAAACUAUGCCUCCUAUUGAAGAGGAAAGCCCUGGAGAUGGAAAUGCCGAAAGGGAACCUGAAUCACCGAGUGAAGUUAGCAUUGAACGCUCCCCAGAAGUUGAUGGGGAAGAGGCUCCAGAGUGA